GUGGCAGAUUUGAGUUACAAAAUUUAAGUGGAAAGAAAUUCUACUGUAAUUGUUGGUUUUUGUGCCACACUUUCUCUGCUCACUCCAUCCAAAUUAUUUUGGGACACUAAAUUAGGCAUUUAUCUUGCAGACUCACACUGAACUGUCUGACAGAUAAGCAGUGACAGUUGGAGGAGAAGAAUCCCUGCUGGGACUUUGGUUCAAGUGCAUCUGGUCUUCGGUAACGUUUCUCCUGUGUGGAGUUUCCAGGCUUUAUUGCAUUGAAGCGUAUUGAUAUGUGGGCAUAAACAGCCAGUAAAAUGAGUGGAGAAAACAAACUUUUCGGAGUCACUGUGGACGGCUCCGGGUCAGGAAUCUCUGCUAAAGGAACUGCAGAUGGAAAUAUUGCUGCGAAAACUGGCUUGCAAGCAGAUAAUAAAAUUGUUGCAGCCACUAUAAACCUCACAGAUCUUUCUGAAGAUGAAGUGGAGAACAUCAUGAAGGUCCUCAAGCCUUAUGAAAGCAACAUGAAGGUUCUGACCAAGAAGGACUUAGGUGCCUCUGCUGACCUGGAUGCAUUGGGAUUGGGUCUAAAAAACUCUGCUGGGGUGUUGUUCGACAAGGAUCUUUCACUUGACGCAUCAGCUAAAGCACCAACUGUGUCUCUUGAUGGCCUGACUGGAAAGCUCAAAGGUGGGACAGGGGGUGAAAUAAAUGGUCCUACUUUCAAUGGAACCCUUCCAAAGCUUGGCCUGAAAACCCCAUCUGGUGAUGGUGGCGCUUCAGUCACUGUCCCUUCCGCAGAUCUAAAAGCAGAUCUAGGUAGUAAUAUCAGUGCACCCAAUGUCAGCGUCCAUACUCCCAAAAUGAAUGCACCAAAAGCGGCACUCAAUCUUAACGUGCCAAAUUUACAGACGGAACCCAUGAACGGCAAGGCCCCAACAUUUAAAAUGCCAAAGUUCGAUCUUCCUCAGUUUGACCCGCCAGAACCAGACUUGGAUGCUAAUCUAGAUCUGCCUACCGUCAGUACAAAUGUAAAGACACCAAAUCUCAACAUGUCUGCUCCAAAGAUGGAUGUCAAAAGUCCUGAUUUGAAUCUGAAUGGGCCAAAGGUUGAAGUGAAAGUUCCUGAUGUAAAUGUAGAAGCACCUAAUGCUGACAUUAAGACACCUGGAGGAAAAGUUAACUGGCCACAUUUGAAAUGGAAAAAUCAGAAGGUCAAAGGAGCAGACGCUGACAUUAAUUGUGACCUUUCAGCACCUGAUGUCAGUCUUACUGGACCAAAGGUAAAUGGGGAACUAGGUGCACCAGAUGUUGACAUUAACCUGCCAAAAGCUGACCUCAAAGGGCCAGAUGUAGAUCUUCAAACCCCUGAUCUAGACAUCAAUUCUCCAUCUGCCAAAAUAAACUGGCCCCAUUUGAAGUGGAAGAAACCAAAGCUUCAUGGCUCCAAACCUGACCUCAGCAUGGAUGCGGACAUCAAUGCACCAAAUGCUGAUGUUUCUGUGCCAAAAAUAGAAGGUAAAAUCAACACUCCAGAUGCUGACAUUAACUUGCCAAAGGCAGAAUUUAAAGGUGCUGAUCUGGAAGUGGAAACCCCCAAUGUAAAUGCAGAAGCUCCUUCCGGGAAAAUCAACUGGCCUCAUUUGAAAUGGAAAAAGCCAAAAUUACAUAACCCAAAAGGAAGCUUUGACAUAAAUGAAGAUCUUGAUGCACCAGAAUUAAAUCUCACAGCUCCAAAGGUGGAAGGUGCCGUUAACUUGCCCAACGCCGAGUUGAAUCUACCAAAUGCUGAAGUCAAGACUCCGGAUUUGGAUGUUAACGGACCUGAUCUUGAGGUCAACGCUCCCUCUGGGAAAAUUAACUGGCCUCAUAUGAAGUUGAAAAAGCCCAAAGUGCAUGGACCAAAAGUUGACGUAGAUCCAAAUUUGACCACACCAGAUGUUGAUCUCUCAGCCCCAAAAAUUGAAGGUGAAGUAAAUGUUCCUGAUGUUGAUGUUAAAUUGCCAAAGGCAGAAAUUGGCACUCCAAAAGUUGAUUUGGAAGCGCCCUCAGGUAAACACAAAUGGUUUACCUUUAAGAAACAGAAGACCGGCUCACUGAACAGCCCAACACUUGACAUUGAUGCAGAUGUGAAAGUUCCUGAUGUAGACGUCCAAGGACCUGAUGUGAAUUUGAAAGCACCAGAUGUAAAUCUCUCAGGCCCAAAACUUGGAGGUGAAGUAAAUGUUCCUGAUGUUGAUGUCAAAUUGCCAAAGGCAGAAAUUGGCACACCAAAAGUUGAUUUGGAAGCGCCCUCAGGUAAACACAAAUGGUUUACCUUAAAGAAACAGAAGACCGGCUCACUGAACAGCCCAACACUUGACAUUGAUGCAGAUGUGAAAGUUCCUGAUGUAGACGUCCACAGACCUGAUGUGAAUUUGAAAGCACCAGAUAUAAAUCUCUCUGCACCAAAAGUUAAAGGCGAAGUUGAGGCUCCAAACGUCAAAAUCAACAUGCCAAAUGCUGACAUCAAAAGUCCAGAUGUGGAUCUUAAAGGUCUAGAUGCAAACAUUGAGCCACCUGAUGCUAAAAUCAAGUCACCCAAAUUAAAACUUCCAAAAUUCAAGAGUAAAAAACCUAAAGCUCCUGAGCUGAAUGUUGAUCCAAUAGCACCAGAAAUUAGCGCCAAUGUUGACUUGCCCAAAGCAAAUAUAAAUUCACCAAAUGUGGAUCUAAAAGCCCCAGACGUCUCUCUGUCUGCUCCAAAAAUAAAAGGUGAUGUCAAUGCUCCAGAUAUUGACAUUAAACUACCAAAAGCUGACCUCAACGGCCCUGAUGUUGACAUUCAAGCUCCUGAAGUUGAAACUGGAAAAGUCAAGUUCCCUAAAAUUAAAUUUCCAAAGUUUGGUGGGUCUGGACCAAAAGUGAAGGGACCAGAAGUGGAUUCCAAUUUCGCACCUCCAGAUCUUGACUUGUCACUUCCUGAUGUGACUGCAAAACUCCCUGAAGCAAGUGUAACAGCUCCUGACAUUGAUGCCAAAGUGAACCUCCCCAGAGCAGAAAUAAAUCCACCUAAGGUGGAUUUAAAAACCCCAGACGUCUCUCUGUCUGCUCCAAAAAUAAAAGGUGAUGUCAAUGCUCCAGAUGUUGACAUUAAACUACCAAAAGCUGACCUCAACGGCCCUGAUGUUGACAUUCAAGCUCCUGAAGUUGAAACUGGAAAAGUCAAGUUCCCUAAAAUUAAAUUUCCAAAGUUUGGUGGCUCUGGACCAAAAGUGAAGGGACCAGAAGUUGAUGCCAAUAUUACACCUCCAGAUCUUGACUUGUCACUUGCUGAUGUGACUGCUAAACUCCCUGAAGCAAGUAUAACAGCUCCUGACAUUGAUGCCAAAGUGGACCUACCCAAAGCAGAUAUAAAUGCACCAAAGGUGGAUUUGAGAACCCCAGACGUCUCUCUGUCUGCUCCAAAAAUAAAAGCUGACCUCAAUGGCCCUGAUGUUGACAUUCAAGCUCCUGAAGUUGAAACUGGAAAAGUCAAGUUCCCUAAAAUUAAAUUUCCAAAGUUUGGUGGCUCUGGACCAAAAGUGAAGGGACCAGAAGUUGAUGCCAAUUUCGCACCUCCAGAUCUUGACUUGUCACUUGCUGAUGUGACUGCUAAACUCCCUGAAGCAAGUGUAACGGCCCCUAACAUUGAUGCCAAAGUGGACCUCCCCAGAGCAGAUAUAAAUGCACCUAAGGUGGAUUUGAAAACCCCAGACGUCUCUCUGUCUGCUCCAAAAAUAAAAGGUGAAGUCAAUGCUCCAGAUGUUGACAUUAAACUACCAAAAGCUGACCUCAACGGCCCUGAUGUUGAAAUUCAAGCUCCUGAAGCUGAUAUGGGAAAAAUCAAGUUCCCUAAAAUUAAAUUUCCAAAGUUUGGUGGGUCUGACCUAUCCCAGCCUGGAGUUGAUGCUAAGCUCCCUCAAGCAGACAUAACAGCACCUGAUGUGAGUUUCACAACUCCAAACUUAAACUUUUCACCUCCAAAAAUGAAAGGUGAUGUCAAUCCUCCAAACCUAAAUGUGGGUGCUGAUCUCAAAGGAGGUGCUACUUUGAGUACUCCAGCCUUGGAUCUGAAAAAUGCUGACCUUAACCUGAAAGCACCCAACCUAGACCUGUCUUCUCCAAAUAUUGCUGGGAAUCUCUCUGCACCAAGCAUAGGAGCUAAAAUACCAAAAACGGAACUGAAAGCUCCUGAUGUCACAGUGAAGGCUCCAAAUGCAGACAUUAGCCUACCCAAGGCAGACCUCCAAGGACCUGAGGCACAUUUAAAGAAGCCAGAACUUGAAGUAGAUGCUAGUCUUGGGGACUUUAAACUGCCUCAUUUCAACCAUCCAAAUCUUGAUCUUUCAAUUCCCAAAGUCCAUGCAUCGGGUGAUGCUAAACUGGAAACACCCAAGGUCAGUGUGGAAACUCCUAUAGCAGAUUCUAACAUUUCUGAUCCUGCAAUUGAGUUGGGCGCACCAAAGUUCAAUGGAGCCAAGGUGGACACAGAAUUUCCAAAUGUAGAUGUCAAUGUUGAAAAAUCUAAACCCCCCCAUUUUAGCUUUCCAAAAUUAAGCUUGUUUGGUUCAAAAACAAAAUCCCCAGAAAUGGAUGCCAGUGCAGACCUUGAAAAUGAAGAUGAAGACCUUGAAAAUGAAGAUGAAGACCCUGAAACUGAGGCUUCAGCUACUGAGACAGCGAUUCCAAUGUUCAAACUUCACAACUUGCCACGAAAUACCCUGAGUUCCAUUGGGGAAAUGUUUCAAACUUCCCUAUUAAAAGCUGACACAGAGGAAAAGGAAUAUGUUGUCAGCAAAGGGAUCCGACUGCCAAUAGUGAAUGCAACAGCAAAACCUGGAGAAAAGAUUAAUGUCAUGGAAAUGUUGAAACUGUCAAAAGAAAAACGCAAUGCCUCACAGACUGAUGGGAAAACUGAUGCUGAUCUGAAGGUUACCGCCCCAGAUCUUGAUAUCAAUGCCUCAACAGACACAAAGGAUACCCCUCUGGUGAGAGGAGGUACUUUUAAAGUAGACAAACCAGAAUCUGGCCUGGGUCUGACGGCUCCAGAAAUUUCGACAUCAAAAAAGCUGGAGCUGAGCCUCUCAAACAUGCUUGGUCUGAAUGUCGGAGAUUCAGAUGAGAAAUGAUAUGAGGCAUAGUGGUGCAGAAAAAAAUGAGUCCUGUAACACUGUACAUAAAUGUAAUUAGAGCAAGUCCACAUAUUUGUCCUAGUGAAGGUAGCUACAGAUCAUCUGCAGUGUCCAGAUAGUGUAAAGAUGGCAGAAUGGGCAAACCGUUUUAUUUUAUAGGCUAUGUGAAUAAUCCUGUUAUUUAUACAAGCUUCUUUUCUAAGCAAGUGUUGAUUUUACUUAUGAAACAUCCAAACAGAAGAAAUAAGCCGUCUCAUUCCCUUAGUAGUAUAUUGCCUUUCUUUUAACAUUUUAAUGAGUGAAUUGUGAGAGUGAACAUAUUUGUAAAUUUAUUCUUCAAUAAAUCAGUUUAAUUCUGA